AUGAACUUUGGUUGUCAAAAUGAGAAUAAUGAUGAUAGUCAAAUUCCCGAAACUAGUAGAAUCGAUAGUUCUGAACCUUCUUCUGCUAGUGACAAAAGUAUUAGUGAAUAUAACAAAAAAAGAAAAAAAACAAAGGCUAAAAAAUCGGUUAGUAGACCUGAGGAUCCCGUAAAUAAUAAGUAUAUUAAACUUGAAGCACGUGAUAAACAUGGGCAUAAGAAAAUUGAAGUUGAAACUAAAAAUCAGUCAAAAAUUACCGACAAAUUUCAAUCAACCCAUAUAGACUCAAGUCAAGAAAAGCUUAUUAACAAAGCUUUAACUCGUUUUUUUACUUGUUGUGGCAUUCCUUUUUGGGUUGUUAAAAGUCCUUUUUUUAUUGAUUUGCUUAAAAAUCUUAAUGUGGGUUAUACGUCUCCUGAUCGAAGAACCUUAAGUAAUCUCUGGGUUGAUCAAGAAACUACUCAAAUUACGAUCAAUAUAGAUGAGCAUUGGACGAGUGAAUCACACCAUUCUUAUUAUGCAUUUGUCAUUAUUACUCCUGAUAGAUAUCAAUAUGUUCAUUCCGUUCAAGAUUUUUCUUCUUAUUCGCAUACUGGAAGGUUUCUAUCAAAUGAAAUUAUUAAAAUAAUUGACGAAAUCGGGCCAGAAAAAUUUGGAGUUGUUGUUUCAGAUGGUGCCACUGCGAUGCAACUUGCAAAAAAUCUUGUUGCUCAAAAAUAUCUACAUAUUAUACUAAUUCAUUGUAUCGCUCAUCAUGUUCAACUAAUAGUGUCAGACAUUAUUAAAAAAACUUUAUUUGGAUUUCAAGUUCUUUCAAAAUGUCAAGAAUUCAUUACUUACUUUCAAAAUUUACAUGUGUCUAGUGCUCAAUUAAGAGAUAAAAUUAAAAAUUUUCUUAUUAAAAGCGGAGGUUUAAAAUCAAGUCAUGAAUUUUGGGCCAACGUUGAAUGUCUUCAUAAAGUUCUUGAACCUGCUAAAAUUGUAGUUAAAACCGUUGAAUCAUCAAAUAUUAAGUUUGCUGAUGUGUUUUUAAUUUUGAUCAAAAUGGCCAAUAUGAUUAAGACCAUGCUAAUUGUAGAUACAACUCUUGAAAGACUUGAAUUUCGAAAAAAAU